GCGGCGGCGACUCUGGGCCGGCGGAAAGGAGCCGUCGCUCGGCGUCCGUCCACGCGCCCGCAAUGGCGCCCUCCGCGUCCUCGCUACCCCGGCUGCUGAACGCUGGUUUCCGGCCCGGCUUUCUGCGGACGGCGGCCCCGGGCCGGGCGCGGCCCAGCAGCAGGGCUCUCGGAGGCGCCGCGGUCCCCGCUGUGGGCGAGCCAGAGAGCGGCGGCGAUUACCGGGUGAAACUUCUAGAGGAGCCCCUGCGGCACUCCGACUUCUUCAAGGUCAAGGAGCUGUUUUCCGUGAAAAGCCUCUUCAAUGCCCAUGUGCACCUGGGACAUAAAGCUGGCUGUCGGCACAGGUUUAUGGAGCCGUACAUCUUUGGGUGCCGCCUGGGCCAGGACAUCAUUGACCUCGAGCAGACCGCCUCGCACCUCCAGCUGGCCUUGAACUUCAUUGCCCACACGGCCUACCGAAAUGGCAUCAUCCUGUUCGUGAGCCGAAACCGGCAGUUCUCACACCUGAUUGAGAGCAUGGCCCAGGACUGUGGCGAGUAUGCGCACACUCGCUACUUCAAGGGCGGCCUGCUGACCAAUGCCCCGCUGCUCUUCGGCCCCACAGUCCGCCUGCCAGACCUCAUCAUCUUUGUGCACACGCUCAACAAUGUCUUUGAGCCCCACGUGGCUAUAAGAGAUGCGGCCAAGAUGAACAUCCCCACGGUUGGCGUCGUGGAUACCAACUGCAACCCGUGUCUCAUCACCUACCCCAUCCCCGGUAACGACGACUCUCCAUCAUCAGUCCAACUCUUCUGCAGGCUCUUCCAGACCACCAUCACCCGGGCCAAGGAGAAGCGCAGGCAGAUGGAGGCCCUGCUUCAGCUGCAGUACCCAAACAGGGCUGUGGGGCAGCCAGACCCCCUUCCCAAGCAGCUGUGAGCUAUUCCUGCUCCCCUGCAAGAGAGCCAGGCCUGCCCAUCCUUGUCCUUUGCCCAGUCUGGGCCCCAUCAGCAUUCUCCCUCCUUAGAGGCCUGGGGGACUUUGCUACCAGGGACAGCACCCAGCAUGUUGUCACGGUGUAGCCAUCCAGGGGCUGAGCAGCCUGGGGCUCAUCUGCCUCUUCUCCGUGGGGGACAGACACAGAAGCGGACUCUGGCUGCAGUUGGGAUUUGAGCCUAGCACCUCAAUUGCUGUAAAAUGUGUUUCACCCUGGCACCUGAGAAGUCCUCACUUUAGGGCUGGGGUGGAGCUCAGUGGUAGAGUGCUUUCUGGCAUGCACAGGGCCCUGGGUUCAGUCCCCAGCACUGCCCCUGCCCCAGAGUCCUUUAAAAAUAUCUCAUCCUCAGAAGUCCUCACUUCUGUCUUGACAUUGGAGCUUUGUUUGGAAGGUUCAGGUGCCAGCUGUUUUCUUCUCAACCAAGACGCCCUGGAUACGUUCCUGAGCCGGUGUGGAGGCUGUUGUAUAAUGUGCAUCAGGAGCCAUGGGACAGCUGCCUGCUGGAGUGGGGCAGGCUGGUGAGACAGGUAGCAGAACUCCAGCAGAAAUAAAACAUGAAUCUGGGUACACUGUGGGACAGCUGCCUGCUGGAGUGGGGCAGGCUGGUGAGACAGGUAGCAGAACUCCAGCAGAAAUAAAACAUGAAUCUGGGUACACUGUGGGACAGCUGCCUGCUGGAGUGGGGCAGGCUGGUGAGACAGGUAGCAGAACUCCAGCAGAAAUAAAACAUGAAUCUGGGUA